UCUAUGAAGACAGUUAUAAAACAGAUGUGAAAUACUGGUGCAGAGGAAGUCGCAUGAGUUCAUGUACUCCUAUAGUACGCACUGACUCUCCAAAGAUAAGUGGUGAAGUGUCAAUCAGAGAUGAUCCUGACCAGCGAGUCUUCACUGUGACCAUCAAUAAUGUGAAAACUGUGGAUUCUGGUGAUUACUGGUGUGGUGUGGAGAUCAGCAGAGGAGGAAUGACGGGAAGACAGGUUUACCUGUCAGUCAUUUAUGGUGUGUCCACACUGAACACUGUGACUGUACAGAGUGGAGGAUCUGUCACCAUCCCAUGUUUCUAUACCAACAUAUAUGAAGAACAUGAGAAAUACUGGUGCAGAGGGAGUGACUGGAGUUCAUGUUCUCCCAAAGUACACCCUAAUUCUCCAAAGAUAAGUGGUGAAGUGUCAAUCAGAGAUGAUCCUGACCAGCAACUCUUCACUGUGACCAUGAACAAUCUGACAGCUGGGGACUCUGGUUACUACUGGUGUGGUGUGGAGAUCAGCGGAGGUUCAGCUGUGGGAACACGGGUUUCCCUGUCAGUCACUGAGGAUACCGCAAUGAAUGACGGCCCCUUGCUGGCCCAGAUCUGGUUUGCCAGAGGUGGCCCACACAUGGGCCAGCACAAAGCCAGAUGCAGACAUGUCCCAGGAAUUCAGGCCCCACUCAGAAUAUGCGAAGAGGAUGUGAGCUGGCUCUUCCAGAGACAGAAAACCAGGAAGGCACCAGGCCCUAUCAUUUCCCAAGAUCUGAAGUGGCAGAGCAACAUCUCCUCCAUCCUCAAAAAGGAACUGCUGAUCCAGUUCUACUCAGCAGUCAUCGAGUCCGUCCUUUGCUCCUCCAUCACGGUCUGGUUUGGAGCAGCAACCAAACAGGACAGGAACAGACUUCAGCAGACAGUUAGGACAGCAGAACGAAUCACUGGUGCCUCCCUGACCACCAUCCAGGACUUCAAGAACCAGGAAAAGCGCAGGGAAAAUCAUCACUGA